AUGGCGGUGUGGUGGGGAUCUCAGUCGAAUGUGUUUCCCGGAUCACCCUGUCCUAUCUUGUCCUUGGCCCCUGGAACGCACCCUCUACCCCCUGCUCCUCCCAGCCCGGUCCUGUGGUCCUCCCGGCCCCCCACCACGUCUGCGGAGUGGGUGCCGGCCCCCUCCCCUGGGGGCACCAGUGAGGAGCUGAACGAGCCUCUGGACAAGCCUCUGGAGAACGAUGCGGAGGGCGUGUGGAGCCCCGACAUCGAGCAGAGCUUCCAGGAGGCCCUGGCCAUCUACCCGCCCUGCGGACGCAGGAAGAUCAUCCUCUCCGAUGAAGGAAAGAUGUACGGACGGAACGAGCUGAUAGCACGGUACAUCAAGCUACGCACAGGGAAGACACGGACAAGAAAGCAGGUGUCCAGUCACAUCCAGGUGCUAGCGCGACGGAAGGCCCGGGAGAUCCAGGUGAAGCUGAAGGUACGCUACGACCAGGCUGCCAAAGACAAGGCACUCCAGAGUAUGGCCACCAUGUCCUCUGCCCAGAUCAUCUCCGCCACCGCCUUUCAGAACAAAAUGGCUCUGCAGGGGCUGUCCAGGCCGCCGUAUCCCACUGCCGGCGGGUUUUGGCAUGGCGGCCUCCCAGGACAGCCUAGGGGUCCUGAAGACAUUAAGCCCUUUUCCCAGCAGAGUUACGCCAUGCAAGCGUCCGGCCCGCCCCCCAUAACAGGCUAUGAGAGCACGGCGGGCCUGUCCAUGUCGCCGGCACCCCCGUGGCAGGGACGCAGUAUCGCCAGCUCCAAGCUUCGCAUGCUAGAGUUCUCUGCUUUCCUGGAGCAGCCUCAGGACCCAGAGACCUUUAACAAGCACCUGUUUGUGCACAUCGGUCAGUCCAACCCCACCUUCAGUGACCCGUACCUGGAGGCAGUGGACAUCCGGCAGAUCUACGACAAGUUCCCUGAGAAGAAGGGAGGGAUGAAGGAGUUGUUUGAGAAGGGGCCGCCUAAUGCUUUCUUCCUCGUCAAGUUCUGGGCUGAUUUGAGUGCCAACCUGCAGGACGACAGCAGUUUGUUCUACGGCGUGUCCAGUCAGUACGAGAGCUCCGAGAACAUGAUCAUCACCUCCUCCACCAAGGUCUGCUCCUUCGGAAAGCAGGUGGUGGAGAAAGUAGAGACGGAGUAUGCACGGUUUGAGAAUGGGCGGUAUGUGUUCAGAAUCCACCGGUCCCCACUGUGUGAAUAUAUGAUCAACUUCAUCCACAAGCUCAAACACCUGCCAGAGAAGUACAUGAUGAACAGUGUACUGGAGAACUUCACCAUCCUACAGGUGGUGACCAACAGGGACACACUGGAGACCCUGCUGUGUAUAGCCUAUGUCUUUGAGGUGUCUACUAGUGAGCAUGGAGCCCAGCACCAUAUUUACAGGCUUGUCAAAGACUGAGAGAGCCCUGUGGACAGAACCAGUAUAUAGCACAACAACAAACCCAACAUUGGACAAUCUCCUCUAUAAGCUGCAAGCACCAUACAAUUGUCUGUCAGGACCCAAAGAAGCACUAGGAGAGUUGCUUGCCCAGUGAAACGACUAUGGAAGAGGUGGAUUGAGAGCAUUGGGAGCUAGAGUGAACUUUACAACUGUGUGAUGUGAAAGUGAGGAGCAGAGGGUGGGAACCUUCAUUGUGGUAUAUCUAUAUGUACCAGAGAAGCCAAACGUCAAGACGAUGCAUGAGAACGUUGAUUUUCAUCUCAUUUUACUAGUGCUUGCUUGUUUGAUUUAUUAGAUUUUAUGCAGCUGCAUGAGCGGGAUUGUGUUUGGUUGUCCAUGGGUGACACCUAAUGACUUAAUGUAUAUUGCACACAGAAGAAAGAAAAGUGGGCAAGAGGACAAAAAAAUAACUUUCAACCCAAAGACUGCACAUCCAUGUCAUUGCUUUUGGUGCCAAUAUUUGUUAUGAGUAAAAAUGUCAUGUACAGUGCCCAUCUUCACUGAAAAAGAAUCCCAAUGGAAAUAACAGGCAAAUUAAAAAUAAAUAUUGUAUUCACCUGG